AUGACACAAUACUUGUCCUUCUGUUCUCAAUAUAUAAAGACCAUUAAAACAUUUCCUUCUGAGAGUGUAACUGUUUCUAAAUGGAGCACUCAAGUGAAAUUUGCAAUAGCCGCUGAACAAUUGGCAACCGACGAUCAGUGGCUCUUUCUUCCACCAACAUCUAAAAAAAAAAUUACACUCCUCAUCCACAUAGAGUAUAAUAACCAACGGUUAACGGACAAAGAAUUACAAAUUAUUAUGAUACAACUGGACAAAAAAAAAGAAUUCUGGGAGUCGAUAUAUUUCAAUAAUUAUAAUGAUAUUACCGUAGAGAGGGAUAUUAGAAUUCAGUUAGAGUGUCAACUUUGGACUCAAAGUAGGAUUAACGACCUUUUAGAGUCUGAAAGACUGGAAGAUUGUAACGUGGAACAGCCAUCAAAAAUAAAUUUUAUAGAAGAGUUACUAGUAUCCGUUUCGUUCCAUUCAACAAAUGAUUUAGAGAAAGAAUUAGAUUCUUUUAAAUCUCAUCUAAGUGAGUAUAUGGCUUCUCUAAUGAUAUCACAGCUUGAAUUUAGGUUUCCUUUAGUAUUCUCGAAAAUUGCAAAAAAACGUGUAAAAGAGCAGGAAAACUCUUUUUUUGUAAUAUCACAAGCAAUAAAAGGGAACUCAUCACUUGUUUUGAAAUUUAUAAGAAUGAUCCAUGUUGAUCAAACUUCACUCAGUGCAUUCCAAAUACUUUCUUCGAGUGAAUUUCCUGCAAAUUUACAAAUAAUUUAA